CUAUAAACCGAGCAAGGGAACUUCACGUGAAACGGUCUCUUUGCCGGAGGAACGCCUUCCUGUCCACAUAUGAUUACACGCUGGAAGAAGAUGGGUCAGCACUACCUGUGGACCUUGCUCCUUUGCCUGCAAACCUGUCUGGAAGCAGCUGGGAGUGACACAGACAUCCUGCCGGUGACUGGGAUCCUGGGGGAGUCGGUCACUUUCCCCCUAAACAUCCAACAACCGCAGCAAGUUAUCAACAUCGCUUGGAAUUCUGAGACGUCUGUUGCUUUCGUCACGCCAGGAGACCCAGGAACAGCACCCAAAGUCACCGUGACCCACCAACAUUACAAUGACCGAAUAAAUGUCUCCCGCCAGAACUACAACCUGGAGAUCAGUAAUCUGGGGGUGGAAGAUUCGGGCAUCUACAGGGCUGACAUAAAUCUGAAGAUGGCUGAAACGACGGUCACAACCACCAGGCGUUACAACCUGCAAGUCUAUCGUCGGCUUGGGAAGCCAAAGAUUACUCAGAGUUCAAUGGCAUCUGUCAACAGCACCUGUAAUGUCACACUGACAUGUUCUGUGGAAGAGGAAGAAAAGAAUGUCACAUACAGUUGGAGCCCCUUGGGGGAAGAGGGUAAUGUCGUUCGAAUCUUCCAGACCCCUGACAACCAAGAGCUGACUUACACGUGUACGGCCUGGAACCCUGUCAGCAACAGCUCCGACUCCAUCUUGGCCCGACAGCUCUGUGCAGACGCGGCAGCGGGCCUCCGUCCCCGCCACACUGGGCUGCUGAGCGGGCUGGCCGUGCUCUUUCUGUUAGUUGUCAUUGUGCCUUCAGUGCUUCUGUGCCUUCUGUGCAAAAGAGGACAAGGUUCCUACCUGAAGACCUCCAGGAAGAACUCUGAUGCCAUCUCUAGGAAAACAAUAUACGCUUACGUCAUGGUCACGAGAGAUGCCCCACCAGCAGAGGGCAGAAUCUAUGAUGAAAUCCCCCAGUCCAAGGAGCGCCCCGCCAAGGAGGAGCCCGUGAACGGGAUUUAUUCCACACUGCAGUCUGAGAAGAUGGGGAAGACCAACACUCAGGACGGCAAACCUCCUGCGACUUCAACCUAUGAAAAUGUGAUCUAGGCUCCUGGACGGCAUUCACUCUACGGACACUGAGCUUCCCACAUCAUGUGUUCCAGCAGAUGCCCCAGACCCAGACUCCCUCUGUUCGGAUCUUACCUGGAGAUAGCAAACCAUCACCCCAAUACGGGACUUUUCGUGACUGGAGGUGAUGACCCUUCCCAGCAACCCCGUAUGUAGAAAGGAUUGAUGUUUCGCGCACCGCCUGGGACGCCCUGACCACGCUCAGUGUCCGGGAGGGGCCCCGGUGCACGGCCUCCACGGUCCACGCAGCACCUUGGGCAAAUUAGGCAAAAACCCCCUUUUCCGGAGGCGGAUACAGCCCCUCCCAAGUGUGUGGCUUGGCAAGCAGAGGGUGGGCUGCAUUUCAGCCUCCUCUUGCCCCUCUGCCCGGGAACUUUUGUGCAGGGGACAGCUGGCUGGACCAGCCCAACCAACCACAUGUGACGGUGUCGCCUGGGAAGCCAUGGGAGGGGUAGCUCUCCGCUGUGCAGACGCACCCUCCAAACGGGGUGGUGGAAAGUGGUCUUUCUGUAGGGACGAGGUGGUCGGGGCAUAUUUCUUCGGGCUGUACUUCAGAAGCCUUUUCAGCUUUUCUUUCUAGCCAAGCUUUCCACGUGACUGGGCGCUUGAGUGCCCAGAUAUUAACAUUAUUCUAGGGGUAUCCACGAGGGUGUUCCUGGAUGAGAUUAACAUUUGGAUUAGUAGACCGAGUAAAGUAGGUUAAUCCCCACUCCAGUACGGGCGCCCGUCACCAAAUCCAUCAAGAGCCUGGGUAGAAGAAGAAGGCAGAGUAAAGGAGGAUUCGUUCUCUCUGCCUGACCGUCUUGGAGCUGGGACAUCAGUGCUCCUGCCCUAGGAUUUGGAUUUGGAUUUGGACUGGAGCUUCCACCAUCAGCUCUCCAGCUGGCUGACUGCAGACCUGGGGAUUUCUCAGUCUUCAUCACCACUCAAGCCAGCUCCUUGUUGUAGAUAUCGCUUUCCUGUUGGCCCCGUUUCUCUGCAGAGCCAGACUAACACCUAUUCCAAGCAGCCUCAGCAAGAAGAGACCAUACCCAGUAUCCUACUGGCCAAAAGGAAUUGACGGGCUAUAUUUCUGGCACUUUAGGAGAACUGAGUACAACCCAACCAUCGAAACGAUCUCCAGUCAAAUUAAUCAUGGCUUUUUAAAACUCCUUUCCCCCCUGGGUCCUCAGUUCUUUCUGCCCCACAGCAUACGUCAUUAUUUGUUUCCCUCCACGCUGUAUACGCUUAGGGGCAGGAUCCAUGACGUCAUGACAUUAAAGAGUGACCACGAGAGAUGAGAGUGUCAGUCACUCGUGCCUCCACCGCCCCAAACACCAUGCCUUGGGCCCUGAUGUGAAUAAAUGCGACUGAAUAGAAUUGAAAAUGACCAGCCAGCUCAAAUGGAAGGUACACGUUGCAAGUGUGGAUAGACAGAAGCCAAUACGAGUGGCGGCAUCCGAUCAUGGCAAGCGUUAAAUGUCAGAAGGCAGACGUCGGUGUACGGCCAUGGGGGUGGGGGGGAGACUUUCAGAGUUAGACCAACGUACACAUGAACUGAAGCAGUGAACCAGGUGUGAGGUGAGAGGCAGUCACCCUAGGGAGACACGUGAAGGAAGAAAUAAAGAGACUUGUCCUAAGGAUGGAGAAGCCCCAAAGUGACAUUCAACAGACCCUAAAAUAGAAGCAUGUCUCACCUUCCCCUGAGUUGAGGGACCCCUCCUGAACGUCGCCCUUCUCCAACCCGCCCCGCCUCUCCCUGGUGCGCUCAGCCAGUCAAAUUGCUAGUGUCCUAGAGCCCCCCUGGCGAGUGGGGAAGAAGGAAAAGAGCCAGAGGCCAGAGUCCCUUGGGUCUCCCGUGAGAACACGCCGGGAAUUCUUCACGUGGCCUUUGGGACUGAGGACCACCGAGCUCCUGUCUCUCACUCUUCCCUUCCUGUGGAUCUUCCGAUUUAUGAAGGUGGAAGCUACUCACCCCAUCCCUUCAGGGCUCGGUGUUCAGAUUCCGCUUCUGUAAAAUGGGGGUGAUCUUCAUUUCCACAGAUUUAAGACGAACUAGAUUGUGACCGACGGGUCUAUGCAACUAUUCCUUCGAUGGAACGGAAUCUCGUAUCACGCCCAGAUGGGCCAGCUUUCCCAAAUGGGUGUUGAAAUUGAAAUCUCGGGGCCCCUAGGUAGCUCAGUCGGAUGGACAUCUGAGGUCGACUCAAGCCAUGAUCUCCCAGCUCUUGAAUUCGAGCCCCACAUUGGGCUCUCUGCCAUCAGCACAGAGCCCACUUCGGAUCCUCUGUCUCCUUCUCUCUCCGCCCCUCCCCUGCUUGCACUCUCUCUCUCUCUCUCUCUCUCUCUCUCAAAAAGAAAUUGAAAUCUCAGGGGCAGGGCCCCCUAGUGGCAAGAGAAGGUAAGGCAGCACCUCCCCAGGGGCUUGUGGGUCCACGUGGGCCUUUUCUGUAGAGAACUUGAGAAACAAUGCAGGGAAUGCCUUUCAGAAAAAGAAAGUGAAGCCGAUUUAAAACGGGAUGUUUUCAAAAAAAGCUAUAGAAUGCUCUAAACUACACAGCCCACACGAGAAGAACUUGACUGGGCCACUUUGGAAAACGGGCAAAGGAAAGGCGACCGACCUGUCUGGCAUUUCUCAGAUUCAGCCCGGAGAAAAGAAAUGGCCGGGCCAUAUUUUCUUCCAGAUGCAUUACUUUUCUUCUGCUUGACUUUUCCCUGAGUUUUCCUUGAUUUGAGUAAUUUUUUGCAGAAUCAUUAGUGACAGUCUCUACUGGCUGUAAAAUGAAGUUUGAAGAAGGAGACAGAAGGAAGAAGGGUAUUGACUGGUCCCAAAAUGCAGGCUUCGAUGCUGGAGCGCCUGCGUCGGCAUCCUGGUUUCUUGGUUCUGAGACGUCGGGCAAUUUAGGCUCACCUCUCUGGGCCUCAGUUUCCCUGCUUGUAAAAUGGGGGUAAUAACGGCUCCUACCACAUAGGGUUGAUGUAGGGACUAAAUGAGGCUGCCCUGUAAGAACGUGCCUGCAAAUUGUUCUUAUAGGCCCAACACCUCCAUCGGAUGCUAACUCUGUACAACAGGGUUCUUGUAGCACAAAUGUAGCCGAUAUUGUGCUAAAUUAGUGUUGUGUGCCGAACUCUUAACUCUCAGCCCUCCCACAUCAAUGCUUGUUCCUUCCAUCAUUUUGCUUACCACGCUGCCCUCCUCUGCCCCCAGCUCCCCAGCCAGACGACAGAACGGGGCUGGUCCGAAUAAUAAUAAUAAUGCAAACAGAGAACUCCUGAGGGCGAGAGACCCGGACAGUUCAUUAAGGGUUUAGUUUGUGUAUCAGCUGCUACACUAGAUGCUUUAUACUUCAUCCAAAAUUCACAACAACCCUGUAGAGUAGAAGUUAGUUCUUCUAGGGGCGCCUGGGUGGCUCGGUCGAUUGAGCGUCCGACUUUGGUUCAGGUCAUGAUCUCGCGGUUCGUGAGUUCGAGCCCCGUGUCAGGCUCUGUGCUGACAGCUCAGAGCCUUGAACCUGCUUCGGAUUCUGUGUCUUCUUCUCUCUCUGCUCCCCACCCCCCCCCCGCUCUCUCUCUCUCUCUCUCAAAAAUGAUAAACAUUAGAAAUUAGUUCUUCUAGUCUCCAUUAAGACAGAGGGAAUAAAUACUUAGCAAAAUCAGUCAGCUUGGGAAGACAGGACUUGAAGUCAGGACCCUGUCACCAAGGGUGACUCCCAACACCCAGCACUUUGCUUGACCCUUCAUAGGGGGAUGACAAAAUAUUUGUUGAAUGACUGCGUACAUAUAAUCGUAUUUUAAAGUCACCAAGAGCAGCUCCAAGUAAAUGUAUUCAUGUAUUAACUCCAUUGUGUGGAUAACCAUUCAACCCCUCUAUUGGGAACACCCAUUAAAGAAUCUUGCGUGGAGCUCUCCGUCUGCAUUUUGGGUAGGGCUGGUUUCACAGCAAACAAGGGAUCCAGGUCAUAAGCACUUCUGCUGAGUUUCGCAAACCGAGAGAAAUAGAGUACGAAUUUCCACUAUUAAUAUCAGAAGAAUAACAGAAACAGAGGAGGAAGGAAGAAUUGUGUGACACUAUUUAAUAGCUUAAAAACAGCUGUGUACCAGGGAGUCUGGGUGGCUCAGUCAGUUAAGUGACCGGCCCUUGAUUUCGGCUCAGGUCAUGGUCUCACGGUUUGUGAGUAUGAGCCCCGCGUCGGGCUCUGCCCUGAUGCCCAGGGCCUGCUUGGGAUUCUCUCUCUCUCUGCCCCUCCUCUGCUCGCUCGCUCUCUCUCUCCCUCUCUCUCCAAAUAAACAAAAACAUUAAAAAAAAUUUUUUUUUAAGUAUUUAAAAAACCGAGCUGUGUACCUUUAAACUUUCAUGACCCGCCAUAAUCAUAAUGGCUAACACGGAUUAGUACCUACUGUAUGCCAUUUCCCACCCUGCUGUUUUAUGUGUACUAACUCGUUUAAAGCCCACAAGAAACGCUGAAACUCAUCGACUCCCUAAAGUGGAUGCAGCCCUCCUCCAUUUCACAAAGGAAGAAACGGAGUCACAGAAAGGCUAAGCUCGUCCAAGUUAAUAUUGAAACCAGGAUGCCACUCGUGGCCCGCCAGGUCCCGGGGCUGUUUGCGGAACCACUGUGCUCGCUGCCUCCCCAGCCCGCAGCUUCCCAAGGAAGAAAACUUACAUUCUUGACUCCAGAGCCCCUCCAUCCAAAAGUCACUAGGUCUUGUCAAGGGCAACUCAACCAUGUCCCCUCACGCUGCCCAGCUCUCAACACACCCUCCCUCCCGGGGCCCACUCUUCCAGAUCAUUCCCUAUCACUCAGUCCUUUAUCGCUAUUACCUGGGCUCUCACCACAUAAUGAGCAAUCUCCAAACCACGGGCCUUGUCCUUUGUUUUUCUGCUGAAAAAUUUUUCUUGUGGGACCAGACUCCUGAGCAAUCUGACCCAUCAGAACUUCCAGGCCUUCCUCCUACUUUCUCCCUCGGCUCCAGUCACACGGAAGUACGCGAGUCCAUGAACCCACCAGACCCUUUCCUGCUCCACCCCUUUGCCGAUGCUGUGUUAUCUGCCUGGGGUAUGCCUUCGCCCCUUUCCAGCCCUAGCUAUUUCAUGCUUCAAGGAUCAGUCUGAGGACCCCUCUUUGUGCAGGCUUCUAAAACCUCCCACUCAAAGCUAAACAUAUAGACCCCUUGUAAAUUUCCAUUAAUAAACGAUUUGUUGUGCAUAAA